UGUAGGUUCGCAAAGUUUUUUUUUCCGAUGUCGGCUUUGUGCCGCGUAGGGAAGUGAUUACCACGUAGCCUAUUCAGAGCCCUCCACCAACAACGGCUCCUUUGUUCGCACUAUCACUUGAUUUCCGUUUACCGUUAUAUUUAAUGUUUAAAAUGUCAGUGUAUUAACAUCUUUGCUUUUCGCGUAUCAUUUGUUUUGUGUGUGUGUGUAGCCGUGCGGCCAUGGUUAUGUGAUAAGUAAUGUUAGACGGAGGUCUGUCAGUAACGCUAGCUUGUGAGCCUGCCGGUAUUCUUCCAUUUCUUUUUUUUUUUUUUUGCCAGACCAGAUGAACGCCAAAAAUGGGCAGUAUGAACAUGUAAACUACUGAAUGAAAGCCGGGUUUCGUCUCUAAUGUAUGACAUUUAUUAUUCCUGCGGACGUUAACCGGAGCUAAACCUCUGUGGAUUAUCUCAUAAUUUUAUCGAUACUCAAAAACCGGACUAGUGAGUGCUUAAACUGGACGGGGGAGGGGUUAUUUUCUACGAAUGUCACCACGUUGAAACGAAAGCCAGUGAAUGAGACGGUUUGGUUGCCUCUGUACUGUACUUUCACCUUUAAUAAAGGCCAUACCCAACUAAAAUGGAGGAUAGCUUUGAUUGUGACUGUGGCGAGCUUGAGCCACCUGAUCACUGAGGGUGUGAAAUUACUUUGAAGACUUAAAGGCCAGACUCAUUUCAGUUUUAUAAGUAAGAUUAGGUGCAUUGACAAGAGAAUUACACAGAUAAAAUUUUUUUUAAAAAGAAGGAUUAAAAACUGUGCAUGUAGGCACAUGUCAUAUGAAGCUGCUCAGGACCAGUCAUACACUGAAUGUAUCUGCACUGUGAGGAUGCAAAUAUACGCUUUUAUAGUUUAACAUUGGCUUGGUGCUUUUUAAUUGACGUCCAAGUUCAUUCCAUUGCAGUAUAUAAACACUAGUCUAUGAAGAACGGUUCAUUUAAAGAUAUCCACCCAUCCAUGAUUGGGGGAGGAAAUCAACUUGAAAAGUUUUUCUCCUUACUCAAGAUGGAAAGAAAUUUUGACUGCACAUCAGUGCCCCACAUCUGAGCCCCUGGGCUAGACAGGGGGAACGCGGUAGUUGUCUGUAUAGGGGUUGGUUAGAUCACUCUCCAAAGCAGUGGGGGAAUUAUCAGAUAUAUUCCUCUUAGUGUUAAGGUUGGACUUGAAACAGGCUAGAGGUCAAACAUAGCAGAAGCUUAAUGUAAAAAGUCUAAAAUAUUCGUGAUGGCUGAGAAGUUUGAGUCACUGAUGAAUAUUCAUGGCUUUGACCUGGGUUCUCGCUACAUGGACUUGAAGCCUCUGGGCUAUGGAGGGAAUGGCCUGGUGUUCUCAGCAGUUGACACGGAGUGUGACAAGCGUGUAGCUGUGAAGAAAAUUAUCCUGACUGACCCCCAGAGUGUGAAGCAUGCCCUGCGAGAAAUCAAGAUUAUCAGACGCCUUGACCAUGACAACAUUGUCAAGGUGUUUGAGACAUUGGGUCCCAGUGGCUGCAGACUAACAGAAGAUGUAGUGUCCUUGACUGAGGUCAACUCGGUUUACAUUGUGCAAGAAUACAUGGAGACAGACCUGUGUCAGCUGUUGGAGAGGGGCCUUCUGUCUGAGGGCCACGCCAGGCUCUUCAUGUACCAGCUCCUCAGAGGCCUUAAAUACAUCCACUCUGCCAAUGUGCUGCACCGUGACCUCAAACCCGCCAACCUAUUUGUCAACACAGAGGACCUGGUACUGAAGAUUGGGGACUUUGGGCUGGCCCGCAUCAUGGACCCCCACUACUCCCACAAGGGUCAUCUCUCUGAAGGUCUGGUCACCAAGUGGUACAGAUCUCCUCGUCUGCUGCUCUCUCCUAACAACUACACCAAAGCCAUCGACAUGUGGGCCGCUGGCUGCAUCUUUGCAGAGAUGCUCACGGGAAAAACCCUCUUUGCGGGAGCCCACGAGCUGGAGCAGAUGCAGCUGAUCUUGGAGUCCAUCCCUGUACUGCGAGAGGAAGACCGACAGGAGCUCCACAGCGUCAUCCCAGUAUUCAUCCGCAACGACAUGUCUAAGCCUCGCACACCUCUGGCCAAACUGCUGCCUGACGUCAGUCCACAGGCCCUGGAUUUCCUGGAGAAGAUCCUGACCUUUAACCCCAUGGAUCGUCUGACUGCGGAGGAGGCCCUGGCCCACCCCUAUAUGGCUGACUACUCCUUCCCCCUGGAUGAGCCUGUCUCUCUGCACCCUUUCCAUAUUGAGGACGAAGUAGAUGAUAUCCUGCUCAUGGACCAGAGCCACAGCCACAUCUGGGACAGGUUUCACGAGAGCCAGCUGUCAGAGGCUGACUGGCACCUGCACAGCACCCACGAUCCAGAUGAAGUUCAGGUUGACCCACGAGCACUCUCUGAUGUAACAGACGAGGAGGAGGUCCAGGUGGAUCCUCGUAAAUAUGCUGAUGUAGAUCGGGAGAAGUUUCUGGAUGAGCCAUCCUUUGACUACUCCAGUCUUUUCCCGCCAGAGCGAUCCUGGCCAGAUGAUCACCAUGAGAACAAAUACUGUGACUUGCAGUGUAGCCACACCUGUAACUACAAGGCUGUGUCACCAUCCUACCUUGACAACCUCAUCUGGAGGGACAGUGAAGUCAACCACUACUAUGAACCCAAGCUUAUCAUCGACCUUUCCAACUGGAAGGAGCAGCAGAGUAAGGAGAAGGCCGACCGCAAGUCCAAGAGCAAGUGUGAAAAGAACGGGCUGGUGAAGGCCCAGAUCGCCCUGCGGGGGCCUGAAAAGGCCCAGGGUCCCACACAGAAGGAUAGUGAGCAAGAGAAACACCAGACAGAGAAGCCUCAGAGCCAGCAGAACCAAGGCUUUGACUUUGACUCCUUCAUCGCCAGCACCAUUAAACUGAGCCUGUUGCCAGAGCCCAGUCAAGAGGUGGCCCUGCUCAACGAGGUGGGCCUCCUGAAUGAGCUCAACACUUCGGUCUCCCAGCUGGAGGCUCCCCGCUCAAGCUCCAUGUCCAAGUCCAUAAGUCAGGAGAAGGAGGAGAAGUGCCUGGUUAACCUCGCCCAGUUAGGUGGAGGGGGGUUGGGGGGAGUCAGCGGGGACAGCGUCUGGCCUUCUCACCCUUGGGAGAGCUUCGGUUGUGGGGAGAGAGCCGGGGAGAACGGCUGUUUGAUAGACGAAGUGUGCUGGGACAUUCGCAAAGAGGACCACUUCCAGAACGAGAGCACUUACACCAGCUACCUGGACCGCCUGUUCAGCCGGAACGAAGAGGCAGUCGCAGAGACUGUGGUCCACCCGGAGACAGAGCCCUUGGACGGGAGAGACCUGGACGAGAGCUUCCUCAGUAGGAACACGGAGAUUGUGCUUAAUAUGCAGCUGGACACACUGGCUCUGCCUGGCUUUGACAGCACCGAUGACUUGCCUCUAAAAUCUAUCCAGGCCUCUCUCACCCCCUGCGCUGUCAAAUGCUCCCCACAGAUCGCCCACAAAACAUACAGCAGUAUCUUGAAGCAUCUUAAUUAAGAAAUAUAUCCCUC